AUGCCCCUUAGCUGCAUAACACUGAUGUGUGGGCUUGUUUGUAUUUUUAAUUGUCAAUACAUUGUGAACCGAUUGAUUAUGGAUUUGAAUGACACACAAUUUAAUAUCCCCGAUCCCCGUAUUAGUGAUGUCAUUGAUGUCAUUGAAGAGCACGUAAGAACUAAAACUGUGGAACAAAUGGACAGUUCAUCAUCAAAUAAUGGGCGAAGACCUACAACUUCACCAUAUAUCAAAAUCGUCGAACAGCCUGCUUUACAAAAGUUGAGGUUUAGAUAUAAGCGUGAAAGUAGAGCCGGGAGUAUACCUGGAGUUAAUAGUACCACUGACAAUAAAACCUACCCAACAAUUCAAAUAGUAGGUUAUAAAGGCAGGGCUGUUGUUGUAGUAUCAUGUGUUACAAAAGAUGAACCAUAUAAACCUCACCCUCAUAACCUUGUGGGACGUGAUAACUGCGAAAACGGAAUUUGUUCUAUAGAAUUAAUGAAUGAAUCAAUGGAGGCAAGUUUUCAGAAUUUGGGAAUACAAUGUGUAAAAAGAAAAGAUAUUGUUGAGGCACUCAAAGUACGAGAACAUUUAAAAAUAGAUCCAUUUAGAACUGGAUUUUCACAUAAAGAGAACCCAACUUCAAUACACUUAAAUGCAGUAAGGUUGUGUUUUCAAGCUUUUCUUGGCGAUUCACAAAAAGGAAAAUAUACUAUUCUAGAACCAAUUGUAUCAGAUCCAAUUUAUGAUAAAAAAGCGAUGUCAGAUUUAUCAAUAUGUAGAUUAAGUGAUGCGGCAGCUUCAGUUGUAGGUGAUAAAGAAAUCAUAUUAUUAUGUGAAAAAGUAACAAAAGAUGAUAUCCAAGUAAGAUUUUUUGAGGAAAAAGAUGGUAAGUGCAUUUGGGAAGACUAUGGUGUUUUUAAAGCUUCAGAUGUACAUAAACAAGUGGCUAUUUGGUUUAAGACUCCAAAAUAUAAAACAACAGAGAUUGACAGUCCAGUAACUGUAUGGAUUCAGUUAAAAAGACCUUCGGAUGGCAUGUGUAGUGACGCUCUUCCAUUUACGUUCACUCCGGAUUAUUCAGAUCCGGUUGUGUUGAAAAGGAAAAGACAGAUAUUAUUUAGCGAAAGUGAACGUUUGAUUCAAUUACCGAGGAACAACCCUAUUAGACAUAAAGAUCAGUCAUGUAAUUUUAUAGAUGGAAUGGUUGACCAAUUGUCAAUUUCUGUACCAAUCAUAGAAGAACCAGAACCUAGUCCCAAUCUUUUAAGUGGUAUACAUUCACUUCCAAAUUCGAGUUUUCUUCAACAUUUGCCUUCAAAUAACUCAAGAACACCUUCACAAUCUGAAUAUUGGUUACCAAAUGUAAAUUAUAUCUCAUCGUAUGGGCAGACUACAUUUCAGAACACCAAUAUUCAACUAAAUACUACAGUGUGGCCUCCAGUUAAUAGUCAUAAUCCAACAAAUUAUGAUCUACCAACUACCAUAACUACAACACCUUUACCAUGCCCAACAGAAAGCAAUAAUGAGUCUAAUCUUAUGGAAGCUACAUUGUCAAGUUUAGAUUCUAGUGACUUAAGAACGUUGUUGGGAGACAGUGAACAUGCCUUGUCAACCAAUUUGUCUCCUAGUCUACUUUUAACAGAAAAUAGUGUUCGUGGAGAACCCAAUCUAGAAAUAGUCCAAGACAAUAUAAAUAUGUCGGACAGUUUUGAUAGAAUUGCUAACAACACUCUUAAUGAAUUCUGUGAGUUUUACACAUAA